AUGGCUCAAGACAUGAAACGUGUAUCGAUAGUUAUAGAUGGAGCUAGUCUACUUGCUGAGACCGACGACAACUUUGUUUGUGCGACAUUGGACUGGUGGCCACAUGACAAGUGCAACUAUGACAAUUGUCCUUGGGGUUACUCUUCAGUUAUCAAUAUGGACUUAUCAUGUCCUCUUCUUGCUAAAGCUGUACAAGCUUUCAAGCCGCUGAGGAUAAGAAUCGGCGGUUCGCUUCAAGAUCAAGUGAUUUACGACGUAGGACAUCUCCAAACUCCUUGCCGUCCAUUCAGAAAAAUGAACAGCGGGUUGUUUGGAUUCUCUAAAGGAUGCUUGCAUAUGAAACGAUGGGACGAGCUCAACAGUUUCCUAACCGCAACUGGAGCUAUAGUGACUUUCGGUUUAAAUGCUUUGCACGGGAGACACAAACUCCGUGGAAAUGCGUGGGGCGGGGCGUGGAAUCACAUUAACACUCAAGAUUUCAUAAACUACACAGUCUCAAAGGGUUACAGUAUAGAUUCUUGGGAAUUCGGAAACGAGCUGAGUGGAAGCGGGGUUGGUGCGAGUGUGAGCGCAGAGCUUUACGGGAAAGACUUGAUUGUACUUAAAGAUGUAAUCAACAAAGUGUAUAGAGAUUCUCGGUUAACCAAGCCUUCGCUUGUCGCUCCUGGAGGAUUCUAUGAACAACAAUGGUACACUAAACUUCUUCAGAUCUCCGGUCCUGGUGUUGUCAACAUCGUGACUCAUCAUAUAUACAAUCUUGGUUCAGGGAAUGAUCCACAGCUUGUGAAGAAGAUAAUGGAUCCGAGUUACUUAAGCAAGGUAGCAGAAACAUUCAAGAAUGUGAACCGAACGAUUCGAGAGCAUGGACCAUGGGCUUCUGCUUGGGUUGGAGAAUCUGGUGGGGCUUACAAUAGUGGUGGCCGUCAUGUUUCUGAUACAUUCAUAGACAGCUUCUGGUAUCUAGAUCAGCUUGGAAUGUCGUCGAAACACAACACUAAAGUUUACUGCAGACAGACUUUGGUUGGAGGAUUUUACGGCUUGCUCGAAAGGGGAACUUUUGUUCCAAAUCCGGAUUACUAUAGCGCGCUGCUUUGGCAUCGGUUAAUGGGAAAAGGGGUUCUUGCGGUUCAGACAGAUGGACCACCGCAGCUACGGGUUUACGCGCAUUGCUCAAAAGGAAGAGCGGGUGUGACGAUGCUUCUGAUAAAUUUAAGCAAUCAAUCGGACUUUACGGUUAGCGUGAGCAAUGGCAUUAACUUGGUUUUGAAAGCGGAGUCAAAGAAGAAGAAAUCAUUGUUGGAUACUUUGAAGAAACAUGUUUCUUGGAUUGGAAAUAAAGCUUCGGAUGGAUAUUUGAACAGAGAAGAGUAUCAUCUAACACCAGAAAACGGUGAGUUACGGAGCAAGACAAUGAACUUGAACGGUAAACCGUUAAAACUGACGUCAACCGGAGAUAUCCCAAACCUUGAACCGGUUCUCCGUGACAUGGAAUCUCCGGUUCAUGUCUUGCCAUUGUCGAUGUCGUUCAUUGUGUUGCCUAAUUUUGAUGCUUCUGCUUGUUCAUGA